AGGGGCGGCCGGGGCAGCGGGCGGCCGCGGGGACGCCCCCUCCCGGUCCAACGUGCUGCCGGGGAAACGGCGCGGGGCCGGCGGCGCUUGGGCAACCUCGCGGGGCGCGCCGCGGCCUCCGGGGGGUCCGAGAGGAGCUGCCACGUGGGCGGCGGGGCCGCGUGGGUGCGUCCCGGGGUCGGCAUCGAGGGGCGGGAGGAGCGUGGCUUGCGGCCGGGCCGGUGACUAGACGUGUCUCCCUGGAUCCGUUCUGCAGCGGGGCUGCAGGGCACCAGCGAGCGCCAACCCUAAGCCGACCCAGCAUGAGCGAAUUUCCCUGUAAAAAACGUGAUGACUAUUUGGAAUGGCCUGAGUAUUUCAUGGCAGUGGCCUUCUUAUCGGCACAGAGGAGCAAAGAUCCAAAUUCCCAGGUCGGAGCCUGCAUCGUGAAUGCAGAAAACAAGAUUGUGGGCAUUGGGUACAAUGGAAUGCCAAAUGGAUGUAGUGAUGACCUCUUGCCUUGGAGGAGGACAGCGGAGAGUAUACUGGAUACCAAAUACCCUUACGUGUGCCACGCCGAGCUGAAUGCCAUUAUGAACAAAAACUCAGCAGAUGUGAAAGGCUGUACCAUGUAUGUCGCCUUGUUCCCGUGUAAUGAAUGUGCUAAGCUCAUCAUCCAGGCAGGGAUAAAAGAAGUCAUUUUCAUGUCUGAUAAAUACCACGACAGCAAAGAGACAACGGCCGCGAGGCUCAUGUUUGAAAUGGCUGGGGUUUCCUUCAGGAAAUUCACACCAAAGUGCAGCCAGAUUGUCAUUGACUUUGAUUCAAUUAACAGCAAACCGAGUCAGAAGCUCCAGUGAGUUACAUCUCAUUAAAUCUCCAGAAGAUUGGGAUUGUCCUCUUCUAAGAAGCUGCUAAUGCCUUUCAUCUUAAAGUUACACAUAACUUUUUAAUAGCCAGGACGGCAGAAGUCGACAUCUAAAGAAUGUAAAAGCUCACAUCUUCCUGACUCGCUCUCCUGUCACGUGGAAUCUGCAUCUGUUGAAACCAUCGAUUUAGGGUUUAAAAUAAAGCAGCUGUGGGUGCGCACGGGGCUGGAGCGGCACCUCCCCUCCUGUCUCCUGGUUCGCUGGGACGCGCGUGGCUGCGCAGAAGGGCGUCAGCCGUGCGUCGUCCACUGCGUUUCACAGCCGCUCUUCAGCGCCACGUGUGCUGGGAGGACAAACAAAUAACUGUGGCUGUGUUCCUACCGGGAUGAACAGACAACGCUGAUCUGAACAUUGGGCCCGAAUGAAGCAUCGCAUGUAACGCCCUUGGGCAAAGGAAAGGAGCCGCAAGACGCAGCAUUUAAGUGUUUGCUUUCGAGAGUUGAGGGAGCCCCCAGCCGCCCAGCCACCCACCCAGAAGUCCUGGACGGGGUGCGCCUUCGUCCUGGCAGAUGAUGAGCGCAACCGAGCGGGCGUUCUUUCCCGGCUCUGCUGUCCUGCCCCCCACAGGGCGGUGCGCCCAGUGCCUCUGCGCAGUGCGGGCCUCUGUUGUUCGUGCUUCUUACUCUGGCUUUGUGGGUGACACGGAGCCCUUACAUUAGUUUAUUUGAGUAAUGAGUCGUUCCCGGGGAAGGCAGCCCGUCGCCCUGCGUUGCCCCCAGGUCCACAGCCUGCCCGGGGACGGAGGCCCGCACCGGCUGCCCCACGUGCCAGCACGGUUCAUUUCCAGGGCUGCCCUUUCCUAUCCUGUAAGUGAAAGGGAUGUGAGGAGAUGUCAGUUCCGUCCACAUCUCUUGGUGAUGGGAGCUCACUUGUGCUCCUGGCGCCCUGCCUUCAUUGACACGCAUCUCACCUUCCUAAUCACUUCGAUUUGGGGAAUGGGUAGCAGUGCACCUUGUCUUUAAUCUCAUUUCAUUUUUAUUCAAUGUGCUCAGUACCUUCGCUGAGAAAAUGGUUUCUCUAUCCUAAAGAUCAUGACCGUUUUAAAGUGCUCUUACAUCUUUAUGAGUUUUUAUUUUGUCUCUGAGGUUUUGGAUUCUAUAUUC